AUGGGUGUGAAGUCACUAUGGGACCUCUUGUCUCCAGUGGGUCGCCCAGUGCCGCUCGAGACCAUCGAAGGGAAAGCUCUUGCCAUUGAUUCUAGUAUUUGGAUCUACCAGUUUCAAGCUACUAUGCGCGACAAGGAUGGACGUGCAUUGGUUAACGCACAUGUGCUUGGUUUCUUCCGACGUAUCUGCAAGCUACUAUUCUAUGGGAUUCGCCCAGUCUUCGUGUUUGAUGGAGGAGCUCCUGCGCUUAAGAGAAACACGAUUAUCGAGCGUAAGAAGAAGAAGAGUGGUGCAGCUGCAACUCACGCCAAGAUUGCGGAGAGGCUGCUGGCAGCCCACAUGAGACGGGAGGCUUUAGUACAUGCUCAAGCGUUACACCCUUCAUCGUCAAAAGGAAAGCAGAAAGUGCCCUCAGGACCCGUGAUCCUGGAUGAGAAUGCGGUUUACCUUGAGGACAUUGAUAAUUCUGCACCGAAGACACCGGCAAAGAAGAAAGCAGAAGAAACACCUCUUUCGUCAAAAAAGAAAGCUCGCUUUUAUGACCAUGAUCCUUACAGACUUCCAGAAGUGGAUCUUGAAGAGCGCGUAGCGAAGGCCACUAGUUCGCAGGCUCCAGACCCGCGCCUCGCUACAGAGGAAGAGCUCCGGACAUUCAUAGAGGAGAUGCGUCCAGAGGACUUCGAUGUAUCCUCUCCAGCAUUCCGAGAGCUGCCUACAGAAGUUCAGUACGAAAUUGUUGGUGACCUUCGGUUGAAAUCACGUCAGACAUCGUACAAGCGUUUGCAGAACAUGCUACAGAAGGCAGAAACUCCUUUGGACUUCUCCCGAGAACAAAUCAAGAAUCUCAAGCAAAGAAAUGCUCUAACUCAACAACUCCUGAUGACUACUGACAGUAUCGGUAAAGCACACAUCACCAUUCCUGUUCGAAUUGCCAGUGAGCGAAAUAGAGAGUAUGUUCUUGUCAAGAACGACGGGGCGGACGGUGGUUGGGUCUUAGGCAUCCGAGACGACGGCACGCAGUCAAAACCAAUUGAAAUUGAUCAAGACAAGCCCACACUUCAAAGCGACAGCGAUGAUGACAUGCAGAUGGAGGAAGUCAGUAUACCAGGGAAUGCAACACCUGAUUCCGAUCUUCGAGAGUUCCAGGCAAGUAUGGCACUGCACGCCAUAGGCAAACGCUUGCAGCCAUCCAUGCCAAAACCUGUCCAAAGGCGAAUCAAAUCAAAGCCUUUAUUUGACCUGGAUGAUGACGAGGAUAUAUCCAGACCCUUGGAUGACGAAUUUGAUCACAUCGAGGAUCCUGAGCUUGCCCUUGCCAUCCAGGCUUCACUAGAAGACCAUACUGCGAAUUAUAAGCCUAUCACUUCAGAACCUUCUUCUAAAUUUAGCCCUCCUGCAACUCCUCAGUCAAAACCUACUCUUCGACUCCAUGAUUCUGACGAUGAUCUAUACACGUCCCCUUCUCGGCUGGAGACCGCACUUUCGAUCGCAGGGGCUGGUCCGGUGCGAAGGCUGGCUGGAACCUUGUAUGAUCUUCCAUCGCAAUCUGCGUUUGGGAAGGCGGCUUUGUUAGUUUCACCGAAGACAGCAUCGCGUCCCAUGCCAAUCGUUCAAUCAUCCUUGUCAGAAUCAGAAGAAAGCAUGGAUGAAAUAUUGCCUGUACAGGUAGUCGAGGCAUCACACAGAAAGCCGUCGCCGGUUGCUACUAGCGCCCAUGUCAAGCCGCCACAAUCCCCCAAACAUUCGCAGGAGGCUGCACAAGAUUCGGACGAUGACAUGGAAGAAGUCCCAGUCACUGAUGGCAAUCACGUCCGUGAUGUAUCCGAGGGUUUUGUACCUGCAGCAGUCUCAGUGCCGGAGGAUGCGGCCGAAGAACGACGAUCAAUGUCUCCUGCAUCUUUUCAGCUACCAAAGUCAUUAGAACGUCCUCAGCCUUCGACCUCUAAUGUGGUCACGCCCGAAGCUCGGAUAUCUGAGAGCGACAAUGAAUUUGAUAUCGAAUGGUCGCGGUCUCCGUCACCUGUGCUUGGUACUGCUCCGGGGAGUACCGAUCAAGGAGCGUCUGCUGCUGUGGAAACCUGGGAUGCUGCUGAGGAAAUGGAUCCACAUGCUGAAGAAGGCGAAUUUGCCCGAUUCAUCUCGCAAGUCAAGGGCAAAGAUUUGGAUGCCGUCAGACAUGAGAUUGACGAAGAGAUUCGGACGUUGAAUCAACAGAAGAAAGCAACGAUCCGUGAUUCAGAGGAUAUCACUCAACAAAUGAUCUCUCAAAUUAUGCUCUUACUGCGUCUCUUCGGGAUUCCAUACAUAACCGCACCGAUGGAAGCCGAAGCACAGUGCGCAGAAUUAGUCUUGCUAGGUUUAGUUGAGGGCAUCAUAACGGACGAUUCGGAUGUUUUCCUUUUCGGAGGCAUGCGCGUUUUCAAGAAUAUGUUUAAUCAAUCCAAGACUGUGGAGUGUUUUCACUCCUCCGAUCUGUCCCGGGAGCUUGGCCUGGAACGCGAUACGCUCAUCCGUCUGGCGUACCUGCUCGGAAGCGACUACGUGGAGGGGCUCCCUGGUGUUGGUCCUGUAAUAGCCAUGGAACUACUAAAAGAGUUUCCGGGCGAGGACGGCCUUCAUCAGUUCAAGGACUGGUGGACCAAAGUCCAAAGUGGGCGAGAUCGAGCAGAGGAUAAUACUACCAAAUUUCGCGAGCGUUUCAAAAAGAAGUUCAAAAACUUAUACCUGCCCCUGGAAUGGCCUAAUGCGUUGGUGAGGGAUGCUUAUUAUCAUCCGACGGUGGAUUCAUCAGAUGAACCGUUUAAAUGGGGUAUGCCCGACCUCGACGCCCUCAGACACUUUUUCCACGAAGAACUACACUGGAACCAAACCAAAGUUGACGAAUCACUUCUACCGAUCAUUCAAAAAAUGAAUAAGCGGAACCAGGCUGCAGCUAUGAAUCGGCAAGGCAACCUAAACAGCUUUUUUGAUGUUGUACCCGGUAGCGGAUUACAUGCCCCAAGGAAACGACAAGCGUAUGGAAGUAAGCGUCUUCAGCAAGUGGUUACGGAUUUCCGAAAUCAGCAGGCAAAACAGAAUACAAGCACACCAGUAUCUGAUGAGGCAGAUGUCCUUGUACUCGAAGACGGGAAGGAGCCUGUUGCCAAAAAGAGGAAAACAGUAGGACAACAAGAACAGGGGACAGGGACUAGCCGCAGAGGGAAGGGCCGUGGCGCCAGAGCGCGGGGCUUGUCCUCCAAGACAGUUCAGGAAUCCCAUUCCGACACUGGGGAUGAGUAUGUCGGCAAUGUGAUUGAUGACAGUGCUUCCACCACAGAAACAUCAAAACCCCGUCUUCGCCCAAGGGCGAGACCAGUGGCGAAAGGGUCCCGAGUAUCUGACACAUACACCAUGCUUGCGGCAGAGUCCGAGGGUUCUUAG